AUGUCAGACGACGCGGCGACUCUUAUCCGCGAGGUCCUCCCACCCGUACCGGACAACCUCCGGUCGCGGUACGAAGCGUUAUUCACCGCCGAUGACCUUGGUCACCUCGACGCGGCCCUUGAGAAAGACUACCCCGAAGCGACGCGCCGCCGUCGAACACUCCCCGCAAAACUAGCUGGAUAUGAUGACUUUGGGGGCGCCGACCGCCAGGCGACUUCAAUUGCCCUCGACGCUUGGCUCACACAGUAUGCUGCUGGUGUCAAGGGCACACGCAACCCCGAUAUGAAGUACGACAGGUACCUCCCAAGCUGCUUCUACGACUGGUUGGCGCGUGGAGUUGACGGUGUAGGCGACCUCAACCUUAAUUGGAGCGAGGCGCUUUGUGUUGCUGGCCACCGUGAUGUCUCGUAUACCGAUAGCCAGCUCUUCUUCCCUGUCGCGUUCAAGGACCGCUGGGGACUCGUACACGUCAGCUACGUCGAGGACCGUAUCACUGUCUUCGACCCCGCCAGCGACCACGAGAGAGAGGCGCAGGAGGUGCUCAACGUCGUACAGGCGCACAUCGCCGCAGCGGACAAGGCGCAUUUCAACAAGACUCACAAGGUGAACACGCGCGUCAUGUCUGCUUUCCCUUCCCGCCAUUUCCGCGACGAGCGUAGUGUCGCAUUUGACAAGCUCGCAGAGGCCAUCGAGGCCAAUGUCCCCCUUGCUGACAUUGUUGGUUCCGAAGUGAAAGUGGGCGCGAACACGGCGAGCGUGCGUGGUGGAAUCCGUGACGCCCUCCGUGACCGUGCCAAGUUUACGUGGGCCACUGGCGUGCCGGUCAAUGCAGAGGGCAUCGCCGUCCUCGGCAUGGAGUAG